GUUAUUCACACAGAUAUGUAUGUCAAUAGCAUUGGUCCGGUAAAUGCGAUCAAUAUGGAAUACACCAUAGAUAUAUUUUUUGCCCAAACCUGGUAUGACAGACGGCUAAGGUUCAACAGCACGAUCAAAGUGCUGCGGCUGAACAGCAACAUGGUGGGGAAGAUCUGGAUCCCUGACACAUUCUUCCGCAACUCCAAAAAAGCUGAUGCUCAUUGGAUAACAACACCCAAUCGGAUGCUUCGGAUCUGGAAUGAUGGCAGAGUGCUAUAUACACUUAGGCUGACAAUAGAUGCUGAGUGUCAGCUACAGCUGCACAACUUCCCAAUGGAUGAACAUUCUUGUCCACUGGCAUUUUCAAGCUAUGGCUACCCGAAGGAAGAAAUUAUCUAUAUGUGGAAGCGCAGUUCAGUGGAAGUGGGAGAUACAAGGUCCUGGAGGCUCUAUCAGUUCUCAUUUAUUGGGCUCAGAAAUACAACAGAAGUGGUGCCAACUACUUCAGGAGAUUAUGUCGUCAUGGCAGUCUACUUCGAUCUAAGCCGAAGGAUGGGCUACUUCACAAUUCAGACCUACAUCCCCUGCACGCUCAUUGUGGUGCUAUCCUGGGUCUCCUUUUGGAUUAAUAAAGAUGCGGUUCCAGCCAGAACAUCCUUAGGUAUUACAACUGUCCUGACAAUGACCACUCUCAGUACGAUUGCUCGCAAAUCUCUCCCAAAGGUCUCUUAUGUCACAGCAAUGGAUCUCUUUGUCUCAGUUUGCUUCAUUUUUGUUUUUUCUGCACUGGUGGAGUAUGGGACCCUGCAUUAUUUUGUCAGUAACAGAAAGCCAAGCAAGGAUAAAGACAAAAAGAAGAAAAACCCUCUUCUUCGGAUGUUUUCAUUCAAGGAGUGUUUAGUAGCAAAGCCCAUUAUAGAGACCCACCUAACCUAUGAUCAAGCACCUACAAUUGAUAUCCGCCCAAGAUCAGCUACUAUUCAGAUAAACAAUACUACACACCUCCAAGAACGGGAUGAAGAAUACGGCUACGAAUGUCUCGAUGGCAAGGACUGUGCAAGCUUUUUCUGCUGCUUCGAGGAUUGCCGGACGGGAGCAUGGCGACAUGGAAGAAUACAUAUCCGCAUUGCCAAAAUGGACUCGUAUGCCCGCAUCUUCUUCCCAACUGCCUUCUGUUUGUUUAACCUGGUCUACUGGGUAUCCUACCUUUACCUUUAA